GCUGCCGCUGCCGCCGGCAUCUCGGGGGCUGCAGGCUGCGGGGCGGACGCGGCGCCGAGCGAUCCGCCGCCGGAGCGCGCGAGGCCGAGCGCGCGCCCCUCGGGCCCCACCGCCGCCGCCGCCGCCGGGAAGGCCGCCGCCCUGCAAGUUGUGAGCGCGCCUCUGCGCCCGGGGAAACUUUCCCCCGCGGCCGCCCCAGGGAGUUGGCGCGGGGGCCGGGCCACUGCGGCUGCCAGAGCAAAUCCUGAGACUGCCCAGAAGGUGCUGGAGCUUUGUCCCCCUGGAAGGAGCAGACUCCAGUUGAAAGAAAGAGGGGGACCUCGCCUGAGCAGCCCCGAGCUUGUAGCGGACAGAGCGGAAGCAACCUGAGUCCUCCCAUGUGACUUUCCAGAAGCGUCAGCACGAGCUCCUCGUCAGACUCCCUGACACGGGCUACCCAGGAGACUCUGGCCCAAUAAAAGCCAUCGACAGGAGACCCCGGGACCAGGAGAUCUAUCCACGGACACUUAAGAGAACUGCCCAGGGGAGCACCAUGGAAGGCGACUGUCUGAGCUGCAUGAAGUACCUGAUGUUUGUUUUCAAUUUCUUCAUAUUUCUCGGGGGGGCCUGCCUGCUGGGCCUGGGCAUCUGGGUCCUGGUGGACCCCACAGGCUUCCGGGAGAUCGUGGCCGCCAACCCGCUGCUCGUCACGGGCGCCUACAUCCUGCUGGCCAUGGGCGCGCUCCUCUUCCUGCUCGGCUUCGUGGGCUGCUGCGGGGCCGUCCGCGAGAACAAGUGUCUGCUGCUGUUCUUCUUCCUCUUCAUCCUCAUCAUCUUCUUGGCGGAGCUGUCGGCUGCCAUCCUGGCCUUCAUCUUCAGGGAGAACCUCACCCGCGAGUUCUUCACCAAGGAGCUCACCAGGCACUACCAGGGCAACAACGACACGGACGCCUUCUCCGCCACCUGGAACUCGGUCAUGAUCACCUUCGGCUGCUGUGGGGUGAACGGCCCCGAGGACUUCCGGUUCGCGCCUGUUUUCCGCCUCCUGACCCUGGACAGUGCCGAGGUGCCGGAGGCCUGCUGCCGGCGAGAGCCCCAGACGCGGGCCGGGGCGGUGCUGAGCAGGGAGGAGUGUCUGCAGGGCAGGGACCUGUUCCUCAACAAGCAGGGCUGCUACACCGUCAUCCUCAACGCCUUUGAGACCUACGUCUACCUGGCCGGGGCCCUGGCCAUCGGGGUGCUGGCCAUCGAGCUUCUCGCCAUGAUCUUCGCCAUGUGCCUCUUCCGGGGCAUCCAGUAGGAGGGGCGUGGCCUGGAGACGCCCCACGCCCCCCCCCCACUCGGCACCCCUGCCCUCCCCGCACCGGGCGCCGAGCAGCCGCCGGGGGCCAGCGGGGAAUAGCUAUUUUUGUACAGAACAUAGUGAGGUCAAACAGACGGACUGAGGUUCCCCUCUCCUGCCUGGACUCCGGGCUGGGUCACCCUGCGGGGUGAGCCCCGCCCACCAACCCCGGAUACUGGACAGAGACCCCAGGAGCAGCCCCGGGCCCGCGCCGCCUCGGGGAACAGGAGGGUCCGGGCCACCAGGAGGCAAAAGGCAACGGGCAGAGAAAAUCAGCGGGGCGGACGCCCCUGGAUGCGCAGUCCUGGCUCUCUGGACAACCGCGGCGCCCCGCCAGUGAGUGUGGACACUGGACCCCUCCCCCAUCGCCGGGAACCAGGCCCCCAGGAGGCGCGGGGAGGGUCAGCAUCUCACGCACCGGCCACACCGCCCUCGCGUGGACAGGAACCAGGUCAUGGCCAGCGACUGUCCAGGACCGCCUGGCUGGGUGCUCCGUCUUGGGCCGGCCGCGGCAGCCUCCUCUCCCCAGGAGGAGGGCGGGCGGGCCUGGAAUCCCUCUUUCCUCUUCAGAAGGAAGUUCCACACUGUGCCCCCGGGCCUUCACACGCACCUCCCGCAUUGCUGAGCCCCAGGGACAUUCAGAUGGACACACCACACUCACUUCCCCACUGCCCUCUCCCCCACCACCACAACAACCCUGCUCUUACUAACCCCCGGGCGCCCCAGGAUCACUGGUUGGCCCUCCUCUGCCAAGUCCCUGCCAAGGCUCCUCCAUGCUCUUCUUGCAUACCCCCAGGAACGGGGAGCUCACUACCUCCCGGGGCCGCCUCUGCCUUUGACCUGCUCUGGCUCCAUCCAGCAUCCGCAUCCGUGAAACACGAAAGAAAGGGGGUGUUCUGCCGUCCUGGGCCCUUUCUGCGGGACACCCCGCCGUAAUCUCUCUAGAAUGUUCCCUCCAGACGGAGCAGGCUGAGGUUUCCCCGCAGAGGUCCUCAUGGCCGCAGCGUCACCGGCAAAGUCGGUCCCUGCAUACCGACCUCAAGUUCCGGAGCAGUUUUGGCCACUGGAGGCCAGGCGGAGAGAGCAGUGCUGCGGCAGGGCUCAGCGGGAGAGGGCAGUGUGGGGCUGGCAUCUCGGUUAGUGGUACCUGCCACGGGCACGGGCAUCCUGGGGACCGCCCAGGUGCCCAGGAGGAGCCCGUUUCAUCCCACAGGUUCUGUGCCUGCACCUGGCUUCAGCAGAGAUGUGGCCUAGACCCCAGGAUCCCCC